ACCGACCGCAUCGAAGCGACGAUCAUCAGCGCCUUGCUUUCUGCGAUCAUUGUGCGGUGGACGUCGUGUGUUGUGGUGCGGGCGGGCGGUUGAGGUCGCACGUGCAUGGUGGGAGGAGAACUGUUUCGUAUUAGUGGUGUGUUGGACAGGGGUGCUCAUAGCGGGGUUCAACUUUGUCCCCUUCGUUGAUUGCGGCGCACAUGGAGAUUGGUGUGGCGUUGAGGGGGAGGGUCUUGGGUCGCUCCGUCGUCUUCUACGAGAUGCGGCACCGGCGCGGGAAAGACUAUGGGAGGGACUUCGGUUUCGAGAACGGGGUCUCCAAACAUGACGUUCCACAUUACAACGCGGAUGGAGGCACGUGCCUCCAUUUUACGGUAGGGUUUGGAUUUGGCAGAGGGUUUCUGCAGCAGGAGGUUGUUUUCGCGCGAAAGGUGGGCACAACCAUCUCCAACCAUUGGUCAGUACGUGUCGACGUGUUGGCGGACAUCAUCGACCUGCUUGUGUCCAAUGUGGCGAUGGGGUACACAGGCCGCCUCCAUGAACCGGCGUUGUACAUCGUCCACGAUGAGCCACCUUUUGCCAAUCGCGAGUAUCUGCACGGCGAAGUACGGGUCAUUACGGACGACUUCUACUAAGCUCAGCGAUGGCGACCGCG